AUGGAGAAUAUUGACGAUUUUUAUCGAAAAUAUAAGGACGCACACUCCUGCUUGGAAACGCGUUUCUUCGGACGGUUCCAGAACGCUUUGGUUGGAUUAGCGGAAAGGAAAAAAGUGGAAGUUACAAAAUCUACUGACGAAUCUCUUGGGGCAUUAGUUUUGUGUUUGAAAGUAAUGCCCAGUGUAUCCAGGAUUAAGAAGGCUGAUUUUUCAUCAAAACUGGGUCGCCUUUUUUACUUCGUCAAAGAAAAUGCUAGUAUAUCUUCUAUUGUGGAAUCAAAAGACAAAAUCUAUCAUAAACAGCCAUUCUUGAUCGUCUCUGGAACCCUGGAAUAUCCUUUAUCAUUCUUUCUCGUCAUAGAAAAAACUGCCAUUCCAGUUGGUAGUAACUGUGCUCAUGCCUUUCAUAAUAUCAGCGCUUGCAAUCAAGAAUUUGCAAACUGCCUCGACAAUGUUGCAUCAGCAACAAUUCAGCAGUCCCUCGAACAACAGCAGCAAAGUUAA